AUGGCUCGACUAUCUACCCUUGUUCGCAUAGCCAGAGUUCUAGUACUUUGUUUGAUUGCAGAGCUCGCACAUGGAGCAGUACUACUUCCAAGGGCAGACAAUGAUGCCUGGAAGUACUUGGGAUGCUACACCGAUUCGGUGGGAGCAAGGACCCUAUCCCAGACAGGCUACACGCUGGGCGGCCCGUCUAACAUGACGGUCGGGAAUUGUAAAUCUGGAUGCACCGCCGGGGGAUACUCGUUUGCAGGUGUCGAAUACAGCGGCGAGUGUUGGUGUGAUAACCAGCUGAGAAACAACGGUGGCCCAGCACCUGACGGGGAAGCAAUGUGUACAAUGCCAUGCAACGGCAACCCUGAAGAAAAAUGCGGAGGACCAGGCCGAUUGAACAUGUACCAAAAUACUGCGAUAACCCCAACCGGUACUUCUUCCCCAGGUCCCUCGUCCUCUACGACCAUGACCGAUUCGUCAACAGUCACAUCUUCCCCCGACCCCGUCCCACAGGGCCUGCCAGAAGGUUGGAAUUAUGCUGGCUGCUAUACGGAUAACGUCAACGGCGGGCGUGUCAUGGCUCGACAGCAACCCGAUAGCGCAAACCUCACCAUCGAGUCGUGUAUUGCUAUGUGUGUCAAGCUGGGAUAUGCUGUAGCAGGAACCGAGUAUUCUCGGCAGUGCUUCUGUGAUAAUUUUCUCCGAAAUGCCUCUCCCUUGGGGAAGGAGUCGGACUGCUCAAUGGCCUGCAGUGGGAAUACCCAACAAAAGUGCGGUGGCCCGGACCGCUUGAGCGUAUACUCAAAGGGCGAUCUGGUAGUCUUACCUGUACCAGUCCCGCAGACAGGAGGGCUUCCAGGUUCCUGGAAGUACCAGGGGUGUCUUCAAGACAACAUCAACAGGAAGCGAACUUUCCCGUAUCAGAUAGUCGAUAAAACAAACAACACUGCGACAAAUUGCCUCAGCCGUUGUUCGAUGUUUGGUUUUGGAGCGGGUGGGAUGACAUAUGGAGAAGAAUGCUUCUGCGGCGACUUUGAGGACGUUGCUGCAGCCGGUGCAAAGCUGGUACCAGAAAGGCCCGCGCUACAGACAUGGGAUCGUCCAUCUGGCAUAGAUGCCGGUCGCUAUGAAUUUCUCAUUGGCGGAGUCCUUGUCCCUCUCAUAACCACCGUUGGUAUCAAUGGCAAGAUCACUUUCCAGGAGAAGUCCGGAACAGGUGACCCCAACACCACUGGAGCGUAUGAAUUCGAUCCUGCAUUUGACAAUGAUUUCAGCAAAGCAUGGCGUCCCAUGCACGUCAAAACAGAUAUUUUCUGCGCCGGGGGCCUUGUCCUCCCCGACAAAGUUGGUAGACAGCUAACUGUUGGGGGAUGGUCUGGUAUAUCAACUCAUGGUGUUAGGCUUUACUGGCCAGAUGGUUCUCCAGGAAAGCCUAGCGUAAAUGACUGGCACGAGAGCCCGGAUGACCUCAAGUUGCAGGACGGAAGAUGGUACCCUACGGCCAUGACGAUGUCAAAUGGCUCGAUCUUGAUCGUGGGAGGUGAAGAAGGGUCAAAUGGCGCACCUGUACCGACGCUUGAGAUCCUGCCACGGGUUGGCCCUGUUCUAUUUAUGGACUGGCUCAAGAGGACAGACCCGAACAACCUUUAUCCGUAUCUAACACCACUACCAAGCGGUGACAUUUUUGUUGCCUACUAUAAUGAAGCCAGGAUCUUGAACGAGAAUACUUUCGACACAGUGAGAACCUUACCAAAUAUACCAGGGGCAGUCAACAAUGAUGCCGGUGGACGCACCUAUCCUCUCGAAGGAACCAUGGUGCUUUUACCGCAGGAUGCGCCAUAUACUGAACCCUUAGGCGUUUUGAUAUGCGGUGGUUCUACGCCAUAUGGCGGCGAUGCCCUGGAUAAUUGUGUUUCUAUCCAGCCCGAAGUGCCAAACAGCAAAUGGUUGAUAGAACGGAUGCCCUCUAGGAGAGUUCUUACAUGUAUGGCCGGCCUCCCAGAUGGAACCUUCCUUAUUCUCAACGGAGCGAAGAAGGGAGUUGCCGGCUUUGGGUUAGCUGAAAAUCCCAACUUCGGAGCUGUGCUGUAUGAUCCCUCAAAACCUGCCAACCAACGCAUGAGCAUUAUGGCCAAUACAACCAUUGCGCGAAUGUAUCAUUCUGAAGCGACCCUUAUGCCAGACGGACGUGUCAUGGUUUCUGGUUCAGACCCGCAAGACCCGCGUUUCCCCCAGGAAUACCGCGUUGAAGUCUUCCUGCCUCCUUAUUUGCUGUCGGGUGCUCCUCGUCCGACCUUCACGAUUGUCGACAAGGAUUGGGCGUACGGUGGAAAGUACCAGAUCAAUAUAACCUCCGGAAGCAUGUCAAAUAUCAAAGUAUCCCUGAUGGGUAUGGUUUCUAGCACCCAUGGGAAUAGCAUGGGUACGAGGACCAUUUUCCCAGACAUGACCUGCUCCGGAACCACCUGUACUAUCACUGCGCCACCGGAUAGCCACACCAGUCCUCCCGGAUGGUUCAUGCUGUUUGUCUUGGAUGGUCCAACGCCAUCCGUGGCUUCUUUCGUUCGUAUCGGGGGAGAUCCUGGGCGACUGGGAGAUUGGCCUGCGACGGGCGGCUUUGAUGUUCCAGGGGUUUAA